AUGACUGAGGAUAUAGAGUUUACUGAUCCUAACGGGAACACAGCACAACCCAGUGAAUCGGGUACUGUCAUUCCUGAAACCGAUAAAUCCAUAACGGACCACGACAUUGCAAGGUACCUCUUACAAUACCUACUAGACUGCAGAGGAAUCUGCCAUGAGAAUAUGUUAUUAGUGGUAUUGGACAAACUGCAAAAAUAUACACAGGAUCCUACUUCUCAAGUAUGUUCAACGGAUAAAUUGGUUGAAAUCAUUAAGGGAAUCAAUGUGAAAUUGAAUCCAUUGGGCUAUAAAAUAUCAAGGGUUGGUCACGGCAUGGGUAAGAACAACGUUAGUUCCAUGUUAAAGGACACUGGAUUACCAAGCAACAACAGAUUUUACGUGUAUGUGAAUACCGUUACUAGUGAAGAAAGUAAAUUAGCCACUAGAUUCUCAACGAGAGAAAUUGAAUUUAUCAAAUGGUGCGUGGAGAAAAUGUGUGUUUCUAGAGAUUGUGAAGUAAUAAUAGAUUGUCCCAUCAUAACAGAAGUAGACCGCAUACGAAACGAUGUUUCGUGGAAUAAGUGCAUAACUUAUAGUGUCGAGUCAUCGGAAUUUUUCCAGUACAAAGAUUGGAGUCCCAUCGAGAUUGAAUCUUUACUAUUUAAAUUAUGCGGAUUAAAAUGGUUUGCCAAGGAUGAAAAUGGCCGUAUAUCAAUGGAUCUUAGAUGUUCAGUGGAAUUAGAAGAGUAUCUGAUCGCGAACGGUAUCUCAACUUGUGAAAACUGCCACAGAUUAGCCUUACAAGGUACACGUUGUACAUCGUGCUCCAGGUCUUGGCACGUCGAUUGUUAUCAACAUCGCAUUACUCACAUUGGCAAAUAUUGUCCCUGUGGUGAAUCCAUUUUACAAAAUGGUAUGUAUAUAGUAUGA